AACAUUUGCAAUGAGAGUGCCAUCAAAUAAAUAAAACUUCUUAUUCUGAUAUUAACCUAUCGUAUCUGGCAUUCACUUCUCCACACAUGUCACAGGCCGCCCUUACUGCAUUGCCUGUGUCUUCAGAUUCUAUUGCUGGUGCCAUCGACACUACUUCUACCGUCCAAGUUUUGGGUUUAAAACCUUCUCAAUCCACUCCAUCUUCUACUACUGUUUCGACUACGCCGAUGCCGGAUUCCAUGUCUGUUUCGACCGUGCAGCAGAAACAUUUACAGCAACAACUAUUCCAACAGCGUCAACAAACAAUGCAGCCAAAGGCUACUCCGCCCUCUGAUGGUGGUAAAGUAGCAUCUGGCCCUGCUCCUGGCCCUGAUGUCCAUCAAGCUGCUCCUAUUGCAAAACCCCAACCUGUUGCCUUCACUCCGUUUGCUCACAAUAUUCCUUCUGUUUCAGGACCUAUUUUGCCAUUCGAUGCUCGCUCUGUCCAAGUCUCUCAUCCAAAUACUUUGGCAUCAUCACACGAGGCUCAUCCUGCGACUGCACAGGCUCUACAAAAUCCAAUGCAGCGUCCUCAUUCUACUCAUGUAAAUCCUCCUCUUGCUACCAAUCUGCCUCCACCCGUACUGUUUGGAAGAAAGCUUAAAAUCGAGGAUUUGGAAAUUCGCAACACUCUUGGAACUGGAUCGUUUGGCCGCGUGCAUUUGGUUAAAUACAAGGCAUCUGGAAAACACUACGCUAUGAAGGUACUCCGCAAAACAGAAAUCAUCAAGCUUCGUCAGGUGGAGCAUACCCUCAACGAAAAGCACAUUUUGGAACAACUUAAUUUCCCGUUCCUUGUUCAAAUAUUUGGCACAUUCCAGGACUCGAACAACUUGUAUUUGGUGCUUGAAUACGUUCAGGGCGGUGAGCUGUUUUCUUACUUGAGAAAGAGUGGGCGCUUCUCCAAUCACGUUGCUCGCUUCUAUGCUGCCCAGGUUGUUAUGGCAUUUGAUUAUCUCCACACCAAAGAUAUUAUUUAUCGUGACCUUAAGCCCGAAAACUUGUUGAUAGAUGUUUUUGGAAAUAUCAAAAUCACCGACUUUGGGUUCGCCAAAUUCGUCCCAGAUGUAACUUGGACGCUCUGUGGUACUCCCGACUAUCUUGCACCAGAAAUUAUCCAAUCAAAAGGCUACGGGCGUGCUGUUGACUGGUGGGCACUUGGUGUCCUGAUAUAUGAGAUGCUGGCUGGUCAUCCACCAUUCUAUGAUGAAGAUCAUUUUAAGCUAUACGAAAAAAUUCUCCAGUGCAAACUUCGUUUUCCUCCUCAUUUCGACCCCAUGGCCAAAGAUCUUGUAAAACGGCUACUUUCUCCAGAUCUAUCUAAACGGUUUGGUAAUCUCAAAGAUGGAGUGCAAGACAUCAAACGGCACAAAUGGUUUGCAGGAGUCGACUGGGAAAAACUCAAAAAUCUAGAGAUUCCUGCCCCAUAUAUUCCUAAAGUCGCUCACGAGGGUGAUACCAGCAACUUUGAUGCUUACCCAGAAGAUCACGAGCCUUAUGGUGUAGUAGGCAACGAUCCAUACCGUGAAAAGUUCAAGGACUUUUAAUUUCCAAGCAAAGUACUAGAAAACAAUGGAAUUCAACAUACACCUUGUACUUUCCACUACUGCUCUCUUGUCUUGGACUCGACUCUUGCAGUUUGAUUUCUCGUACCGAUUUUUUCUAUCCGUUUCUUUUUUAAAAAAACUUAGUAUUCAGAUUU